AUGGCGGGUUCUUCGACUCCGGGCGCCGAGGGCCCUACUUUUGCGCCCCCGAGCCUGCCCGCGGGCUGGAUCGCUCAGUGGGACGGCUCCAGCAGAAAGUACUACUACGUCCAGCUGGCCACGGGCGUCUCCCAGUGGGACAUUCCCACGGAUCCUGUUCAAACGGGCACGCCGGUUCCAGGCAGCGAGCAUCCCUAUGGCUCGCCCGCGCCGCAGGUCAUCACACACCCGGACGGCUCGCAGACGAUAAAGCAUGCGGAUGGACGCAUGGAGCCCAUCAUGCCAGACGGCAGGGGCCCUGAUGGUCCUGAUGGCGACCGAGGUCUUGGGUCAAUGGCCAUGAACAUGCUCAUGGGCGGCGGCAAGAGCUCUGGCGGCCACGGUAGCGGCGGCGGCGGCGGCAAUCCCCUCGGCGGUCUGGCUGCUUCGUUCCUCGGAGGCGGUUCGCAUGGAAGCAGCAGCGGCGGACAUGGGGGCGGCGGCGGCGGCGGCGGCAAGGACUCCAUCGCUGGAAAGCUGGUUGGACAACUGGCGUCGAACCUGUUCUCCCCUUCCAGCGGCGGCAAGCCCUCGCAAUCGCAAAACUACCACGGCGGCUCGUCAAGCAGCGGUGGGCAUCAGCAGGGUGGUGGUCUGGCCAGCGUCAUGGGUGGUGUAGCCUCCAUGUUUGGCGGAGACAAGCCGGGUCACGGUAACCAGAGCUAUGGCUAUUCGAAUUCGGGCUCGAGCGGCAAUACAUACUCUGGACAAGCACCGACUUACAACCCUCCCGGAUCUACCCAUGGAUCGACUCACGCGGCAACGCCAUCGUCAUCACACACGGGUACACACCAGAGCCCUCCUGCUGGCAACCACACCAACUCUUUCCCUCCGCCGCCUCCAGGAGCACCACCUGGUGGUCAAACUUACGGGCAUCAGUCAUACGGCAGCCAAUCCUACUCUCAUAGCCCGGCGCCUGCUCCCAGCCCGUACGGCGGAUCGCACGACCAACAUGGGGCACAACAACACGGGGCACAACAACACGGAGCCGGCGGCUACACGCCCCAGCAACCAACCUAUGGCUCUCCUUCUCACCAGCAAGGCUACGGAGCUCCCUCGCCUGGUGGGCAUCAACCAACUUAUGGCGCACCGGGAGGCCAGCACCAACCAACCUAUGGCGCUCCUCCGGGAGGACAGCACCAGCAAAACUACGGUGCAACGACGCCGGGUGGUCAUCCGCAGUACCCUCCGCCGCCAGGCCAGCAGCCACCCCAGUUCCCUCCACCCCCGGGACAUCAGCAAUCGUUCCCUCCGCCGCCCGGACAGCAGCAGCAGCAGCAGCAGUAUCCCCCACCCCCUGGACAACACCAGCAAUAUCCUCCGCCGCCCGGAGGAUCCAGCGGCGGCUACAACCCGUCGUAUGGUGCCCCAGGCGGUCAGCCCUCCUAUGGCCAGCAGCCUUACCAGCCGGGCGCUCCUCCAGUGCCCCAUGGUAGCCAUCCAAGUCAAGGAGGAUAUGGUGGUUACUGAAGGAAGUCCCUUGCUACGCCGUAUAUUUGCUCUUGGGAGAAGAAGAAUGCAUGAAUUCUUAUGUGUUUGCUCAUUGAAUACGGAUUUCCAGAGAAAGAUGAUCAUUUUCCGCGACUGACUAGCAUCAUUUGCUCGCCAAGAAAGGGCCGGAUCUAUAAUUUUCACGUACGAAUAAUGCGGUGACAUUAGGGAGAUUGUGGGUCUUAAAAAAGUACCGCGUGGUAUGGCAUGAGAGGUAGAAUUAUGAUGAUAUAUGUGUAGAUAGGGUGGUACAUUUGGGUUUUUAUUCACUUUUUCUUCAUAUGUAGAGUACGAGAAAGACAGAAAGAAUGAUGUGAUGUGAUG